AUGAGGAUUGCCAAGUCAAGGAAUAAGGUGUGAGAGAACCUGCUAGAUCUGAGGAACACCAAAGGGCGAGAGGUGUGAAGACUCUGACACAGAACUUGUGAGGACAUUCCACGGCACGACUAACUUACAAUGCUUGUCGCUAUAGUAAGAAGUAUUAUCUGGUAGCCAUGAGAAGAAGUCACGUUGUCUAUUAGAGUUUAUUAAGGAAGAACUAGAGUCCAUCCUUGUCAAGGGGCAGUUCGCAACGCACAUUGACUAUGGUCUCCUAUGUUAUUUAGCCUGGGGUAUAGACUUUAUGGGCAUAAGAUGAGCCGUCAGCCGAUGUGACAUGGACAGGUGGCCGUGAACAUCGAGUACCAGUCCUUACAGGAUGGAUCAGACGCUCCUGCCACCAGCUCUCCUGAGUCUGGAUGCUCUGCUGGAUCUCAUGCUCUGCGUGUGUCACGAGUUGGUCACGUCGCCAUUGGUCAGUGAGACCCAUAUAGCAGAUUUCCUACACUGGGCUGAGCCCCUGGUCCAGAACAUACGAGAGCAGAGGAUGAAGAGAAGUGACUUUGACAUCAUCAAAGUGAUUGGACGGGGAGCAUUCAGUGAGGUUGCAGUUGUGCGUAAGAGAAGCAACGCUCAAGUUUACGCCCUGAAGAUAAUGAACAAGUGGGACCUUCUAAAAAGAUCAGAUGUUGCCUGCUAUAGAGAAGAGCGAGAAGUUCUGGUGAAUGGAGACAGGAGAUGGAUAACACAAUUGCACUUUGCCUUUCAAGAUGAUAAUUAUCUUUACCUUGUGAUGGAUUAUUAUGUGGGAGGUGACCUUCUAUCUCUGCUCAGUAAGUUCCCAGAGGGUUUUCCUCCACAAAUGGCAAUCUUCUACUUGGCGGAGAUGGUCAUGGCUGUUAAUUCCGUCCACUCUCUGGGCUAUAUACAUAGAGAUAUAAAGCCAGACAACAUGCUGUUAAACCGGUCUGGUCAUAUCCAUCUUGGAGAUUUCGGUUCUUGUUUGAAACUACGUCCAGAUGGCACGGUGUCCUGCUCUAUUGCUGUGGGAACUCCUGACUACCUAUCUCCAGAAAUUCUUCAUGCCCUUGAAGAUGAUACAGUAUCCUAUGGUGUUGAAUGUGAUUGGUGGUCUAUAGGGGCCUGUGCCUACGAGAUGUUCUUCGGACACCCUCCCUUUUAUGCUGAAUCCGUUGUGGAGACAUAUGGAAAGAUUCUUCAUUAUAAAGAGCACUUUAACUUUCCCUCCUCAGUGGCAGACCUAUCACCAGAGGCCUUAGACUUCAUCUCAUCCCUACUUUGUGAUCGUGAAUCUCGCUUGGGCAUUGGUGGACUUCAGGAUUUUACAAGCCAUCCCCUCUUUGCCGAUAUUGACUGGGAAAGAUUACGGGAAAGCAUGCCACCUUUUACCCCUGAGUCAGUGGGUGCCACAGACACUUCCAAUUUUGAUGUUGUAGAGGAUCAGCUAUCAGAAAUGAUCAGUGGGGGAGGAGAAACCCUAUCAGAUGUUGGGGACAGCUCUCCUCUUGGAGUUAACCUACCUUUUGUUGGCUACUCAUAUACAUUCAGGGAGGACGGCAGGGAUCAUGUUUGGGGAAACUUGAGAAAUUCUUGUGCAUGUAAAAUAAGAUCACAUCCAGACCGGCAAAAAAUGAGCCAUGGGGAGAACUUGGAAUCACAUUUGGAUCCUUCGUUGUUGUCUGAGCUGCGCAAUGCUCUGCAGAGUGAGGUGGAAGCCAGAGAGGCUCUGUCUUCUGAGAUAAGCCUACUUCAAGCCGCCAACCAGAGCCUGGCCAGUCGCCUAUAUGAAGCCGACCAGCUGAACUCUGAACUUCAGAGCAAAAUCCGCUCAUUGGAGCAACAACUACAAGAUAGAGCGGGUGGUGGAGAAGAAGGAGAAGAGGAGAGAGAAAAACAUUUCCAACCUCGAAGAUGUGAAACCUGCAGACAGGAAUCUGAACCUACCUCUAGGAUUAGACAACUAGAUAGCUGUAUACCUUCCUAUUGCCACCCCUUAGUGACACCAGUUCACCGUCACAUGCUGCUCUUCUCACGGGUACUUAAACCCAACUGUGGCUGGGUAGGAUAUCUCCUGCACGUCAGCAUGUGGUCCUUGAAGUGGAUGGUGCCUUCGCUCCUCUGAGUGGCAUCUUUGAGUUUUAAAGACGAUAAUAACAGGGAGAAGAAGUAAAAAUGUCUCAAAAACCUUGGAUGACCCUAAAAUAGUACUGUGUCCACAUCUACCAUGUGUGCUGGACAAUAGAGGCUUGCUUGUUUGUCAGGUUAAACAAAUGGGUUGCAAAGAGUUUUGUAUGACCUGUUGGCUGCUAACCUUACUGAAACCAAAUUUUCUGUCCUGGUCAUUUUCAAGCUGGUUGGGUUUGGAUUGUUUUGGAGGCCAUGCUUCCUAUUAGAUUGACGUUAGUUCAUUGUCGAACUAGGUAUCCUUGGGCCCACCAGAGUAGAUCAUUAUUAGUGCCCUCUUUCUGUCUUUAAAGGGGUGGAAAACUUUUUUCUUUUAAAUGAACUGGUGGCAGAAAGUUACACAAAUUUGUAAAUUAUUUCUAUUUAAAAAUCUUAAUCCUUUCAGUACUUGUUAUUAGCAGCUGUAUGUUACAGAGGAAAUUCUUUUCUUUUUGAAUUUCUUUUUUGUCUGGUCCACAGUGCUCUCUGCUGACACCUCUGUCCGUGUAAGGAACUGUCCAGAGUAGCAUAGGUUUGCUAUGGGGAUUUUCUCCUGCUCUGGACAGUUCCUGAGACGGGCAUCAGGUGUCAGCAGAGAGCAUUGUGGACAAGACAAAAAUAGAAAUUCCAAAAGAAAAGAAUUUCCUCUGUGCUGUAGUAUAUAGCAGCUCUUUACUGGAAGGGUAAAGAUUUUUUAAUAGAAGUCAUUUACAAAUCUGUUUAACUCUCUGGCACCAGUUGAUUAAAAAAAAUUUAUAAUUUUCCACGGAGUACCCCUUUAAGGAAUUUGUUCACUCUUAAUUGCAUCAAAUAUAAGAUGGAUUUGUGAAUCUGUCCAUAAGAAAUAGACUGUAGUGAUUGACUCCAAAAUCCGUUUCGAAUAGGGUUGACUUUUACCAAACUUUUGGGACCUGGGCCCUCUGCACCCUCUCUGUGCAACACCGGCCUGUUUUGGCCCCAUCUCUUACAUGCAACCGGAAGCAUGAAAAGUCUACACUAUUUAUUCAGAAUAAAAACAUGGGUGGAAGGUGGAAGCCAAUAAAUGUGUGGACCAAGAAGGAGGUUUAGGGGAGACAAAUGUGCAGGAAACAAAGAUAUUCCUUUAAAGGAAUAAAAGGAAUAGAUAAUUUUCUCCAAAUACAGCGCCACACCUGUCCUCAGGCUGUGUGUGGUAUUACAGCUUUGCUCCAUUCACUUGAAAGAAAAUCUGCAGCGAAAAAAAUGUAUCCCCUAUCCACAGGAUAGGGGAGAUAAAUGUUUGAUCGAAGGGGGUUUGAUCGCUGGGACCCCCCCUGCGAUCUCCUGCACAGGGCCCCCGGCAUUGCCGCAGCUUUCCCGUGCAAGAGGCGCGUCGGUGGCAUCAUGACGUUGCGGCCGACACGCCCCCUCCAUGUAUCUCUCUGGGAGAGGCAUGGAUGCAGCAUUUGUGCCUCCCCGCCUCUCCCAUAGACCUGUAUGGAAGGGGGCGUGUCUGUCGAGCUCGCGCAUUAGCCGGCGCAUACCACGGCAAUGCCAGGGCCCGUUCAGGAGAUCGCGGCGGGUCCCAGCGGUUGGAUCCCCCAGCGGUUGGAUCACAUGAUACCGCGUUGUGAUGAUAGGUCUUAAAUAGCACAACUUCUGAGUAAAGCAGCAUUAUCUACCCAUGUGCCAUAUUUAGGAAGAAACUGAGAUAAUUUUAAGUCUUAAAAGUAGUCAUACUGCUAUUUUACACUUUUAAAAAGCAAACUAUCAGCUUACCAUGGGGAAAAGAGGAGUUUUGGUGUGUGUGCUCCAAACAAUAGCAGAAAAAGGAUCCAGCAAUCCAAAGGUACAGUAAAACUUGAAGCUUUAUUUA